GGUACAUCAUGGAACCCCUUAUUAUAUCCCGUGGGCCUACAACAAGCUGAUAUCUCAAGAUCCUGCAGUUCCGCCAACUGCCGAAAGAUCAGGGCUGGAGGCACUAAUGGCGCACAGUAGGCAAAGUAUCGGUAUCCCAGCACCGGAUCCUGAUAAAGCUCCAGCAAAUGAAGACCAAGCAGGAAACCCUCAGACAAGGACAAUGGCGGCAGAUCGGUCAGAUUUCUUCCCUUCAGUUAGCUUGGCCGGGGUUCUUCUAAUUGUGUUCCUCCUUGUUAUCCCAGUUCUGUUCCCCUCCGUCCAUCCCUUGGGAAGCCAUUCUAUACCGGUCAAUGGGACCUUUGUACAGUUACACCCUCUGCUUACUAGCCAACCACUCUCAACUCGAUGGGCGUUACAGAAGAUCUUCAGAGGAAUUAGGAUAGAGGGAAUUACAGUGAUCGCGGUUGCUCAGGACGAUGCUGUUCAGACACUUGUUUGUUUCUCCAGCUAUUUGAUAUCCCUUCUAUCACAUAAAAGCACCACCGACAACGUUACUAAAAGUCUCCGACACACCGACCUACAGGCGAGGAACAGUGCAGGAACUCAAGAAGGCUUCUACGUUUCAGUCAUAACUCAGGAAAAAGGACAAUCGCCCUAUGGAGUGAUUCUGGGCCCUGGAACUUCUAAAGCUGGUGGAGGACUUCAGUGGGAGAUGUCUCUUACCUUAAAGCAGAUGGACAAUGAGCAGACGAUGCUCAAGGAAGCCUUGUUCCUAGCUGGGGAGCUUCUUCAAAUUCUGCAGAAGACAGGGCAGGUUCCACAGACUUUUGGCAAAACUGAAUUUUGGGGAAAGAAGUUCCCAGUUCUACGGAUUACAGGAAACCCUUAUCUUGAGAGCGGCUAUGUGUGCUGAAGGAAUGGAUAAUGUGCAACCUUCUACACCAACGGCUCUUAAGCAGCGGUUCUCAACCUGUGGGUCGGGACCCCUUUGGGGGGGUGGAACGACCCUUUCACAGAUGUUGCCUAAGACCAUUGGAAAACACAUAUUUCUGACGGUCUUAAGAAUAAUUUUAUGUUUGGGGGUCACCACAACAUGAGGAACUGUAUUAAAGGGUCGCGGCAUUAGGAAGGUUGAGAACCACUGCUCUUAAGCAACAUGUUGCUCACCAACCCUUUGGAUGUUGCUCCCUGUAGCCUUUGGAGCAAGUGUUUAUUUUUGAAUUCCUGGUUUGACGGCAAGUUUUAGUUACCAAACGGAGACUCCUGUAGGCUGCCAGUAUGCAUAUGGCCUACCAAUAGCCUAUCACAACCCAAAUAUGGCACCCCCAGGACCUUCUUGCCUGCUUGUGUUGCUCUUGGGAGUUAAACUUCUUCUUCCUCCCAAAUUCUCAUCCAUGGGAACAGACCAAGAACUCACUAAAGCCUUUGGAUAGGCAUGUAAACCAGUUGGUUAUAUGAAAUGUUGUCCAUCCCCUCAUUUUCCGACCCUCAAGUGAACAAAGGAACUCUAUGCCUAAAUGUGAAUUACUUAUAUAUCAUAAUGAAAUAUAAGGCUGUUCAAGAAAAAGUUGGCCUCCAUAGUUAUACAUAUUGGCAUGGACCCCAGCUGUAUGUUACAAUACUCUUUCUUAUGAGCACUACUGUAUUUUUAGACUGUUUGUUGACCGUAUAUGCACUGUCCCUGUAUCAUAUGAUUUAAUAUUACAUGUAUUUUUGUAUGACUUGUUCAGGAAAGCAAGAAAACCCAAAAACACAGAAUUCUUGGUUGAAAGAUUUUCAACAAAGCCAACUUUUAAGUUCCUCGGUGCUGAAGAGACAUGCCUUAUGACAGAAGUCCAGUUUUAUGUGUCUUUUGUAUCUUCAUAGAUAAAAUACUGUUAUGAUCUGUGA